GAAUAGAGUCCCAUCGUAGCCGUGGUUCUAUCCUCCUUAUCGUCCUCUCGUCCUUUCCCAGUCAUUGUGGAAAAAAAAAAUUUAUUGAGAAAACAAAAAAGAAAAAUAUUACGAAGGAAAAGUCAGAUUCCUCUUUCUACUAAACCUCGAUAGAACAGCAACAAUGGUGUGAGAGAGAGAGAUUUACUUCUUUUGCGUUGAAGAUUCGAUUUUUUCGUUUACUGAGGAGGUUAUGGAGUGUGUUGGCGCUCGGAAUUUCGCUGCAAUGGCGGUCACAGCUUUUCCGUCUUGGGGUUCCCGAAGGAAAUUUCCGGUGGUUAAGAGAUACAACUUUAGAAAUUUCCGGUGCGGUUUGUGCAGAGUGAGGGCUAGCGGCGGCGGAGCAGGCUCCGGUAGCGAGAGCUGCGUGGCGGUGAGGGAGGAUUUCGCCGACGAGGAAGAUUUCGUGAAGGCCGGUGGCUCAGAGAUUCUGUUCGUUCAAAUGCAGCAGAACAAAGACAUGGAUGAACAGUCUAAGCUCGUUGAUAAGUUACGUCCUAUAUCAAUUGGUGAUGGUGCUUUGGACCUAGUGGUUAUUGGUUGUGGACCUGCUGGUUUAGCCUUAGCUGCAGAAUCAGCUAAGCUUGGGCUUAAAGUUGGACUGAUUGGUCCAGAUCUUCCUUUCACUAACAACUACGGUGUUUGGGAAGAUGAAUUCAACGAUCUUGGGCUGCAAAAAUGUAUCGAGCAUGUAUGGAGAGAUACUAUUGUGUAUCUCGACGAUGACAAUCCCAUUACCAUCGGCCGUGCUUAUGGAAGAGUUAGUCGGCGUUUACUUCACGAGGAGCUCUUGAGGAGGUGUGUCGAGUCAGGUGUCUCGUACCUUAGCUCGAAAGUUGAGAGCAUAACUGAAGCUUCUGAUGGUCUUAGACUCGUUGCCUGUGGACAAAACACAGUCGUUCCCUGCAGGCUUGCCACUGUUGCUUCUGGAGCAGCUUCAGGGAAGCUCUUGCAGUACGAAGUUGGGGGACCUAGAGUCUCUGUGCAAACUGCAUACGGUGUGGAGGUUGAGGUGGAGAACAGUCCAUAUGAUCCAGAGCAGAUGGUUUUCAUGGAUUACAGAGAUUACACAAACCAGAAAGUUCGGAGCUUAGAAGCUGAGUAUCCAACGUUUCUGUACGCCAUGCCUAUGACAAAGACAAGAGUCUUCUUUGAGGAGACGUGUUUGGCCUCUAAAGAUGUAAUGCCCUUUGAUUUGCUAAAAAAGAAGCUCAUGUUAAGAUUAGAUACACUCGGAAUUCGAGUUCUAAAGACUUACGAAGAGGAAUGGUCUUAUAUCCCUGUUGGUGGUUCUUUGCCAAACACUGAACAAAAGAAUCUUGCUUUUGGUGCUGCCGCUAGUAUGGUACAUCCCGCAACAGGCUACUCAGUUGUAAGAUCCUUGUCUGAAGCUCCAAAAUACGCUUCGGUGAUCGCGAAUAUACUGAAACAAGAGACUACUUCCUUCCCCAAACACAUAAACAGUAACAUUUCUAGACAAGCUUGGGAUACUUUGUGGCCACCAGAAAGAAAACGGCAAAGAGCAUUCUUUCUCUUUGGCCUUGCGCUCAUACUUCAACUCGAUAUCGAAGGCAUUAGAAGCUUCUUCCACACUUUCUUCCGCCUUCCAAAAUGGAUGUGGCAAGGGUUUCUAGGAUCAACGUUAACAUCAGGAGACCUCGUUCUCUUUGCUUUCUACAUGUUCGUCAUUGCACCAAACAAUCUGAGAAAAGGUCUCAUUAAUCAUCUCGUCUCUGAUCCAACAGGAGCAACCAUGAUUCGAACCUACCUCAGAGUAUGAGUCUCUCCUCCGCUCUUGGGUUUGUAUAUAAAUAUAUGAAUAAUGGAUCGAAGAAUGGUACGUCGGUUACUAGGAAAACUGGAAACACGUGUGUAUAGAUUCUAAGGGAUGAUGGAAAAUGGAAAAGAGAAAAAAACACGCAGCCUUGUUUUGUGGUAAGUGGCUGAGAAUUGAGAGAGAGAAAGACCUUAUGAAUAAUGAUAGUCUUGAAUCUUGAUUGUUCACUUAGUCAUCAAUUUCUAAAACAUGAGUAGUGAACAUUCUUAUUGUCUACGGUUCUAUAAUGGUUAAAUUAUAACAAUGAUGAUCGUAAUGGUGGCUGCCAAAACACUUGAGCUGAACACAAUUUAUUAUAAGUGGAGUCAUGAAGCUCAAAGAAGUUAAUUUUAUGAAUGGCAUCCAUUUAUCACCAAU